AUCAUGCCUAGCCAAGCUGUCCAAGCUGAACCACCAAGUGAUACAUUUCCAUCCAGAAAUUGUAAUGCAAUUUUCUUAGACAUGGAUCAAGAUGCAAAUAACCCUGGUUUGUCCAUUGCUCAAGUUCACAUUGUAUUCCAGCUGGCUCCACCCCAGCACUCAACUGCAAAGCUUCCUGACUUCUUGUCACACCCCCUCUAUGUCCAACCUUUUCAUAUCAUAACAACCCCCAAGGAUCUAGAGGACACUCAGUUGUGGAAGCUUGAGAGGGUAUAUACACCUGCAAUGCAGCUCAAAACCCACACCGGGUUUGUCAUUCCCAUAAUGGAGGUAACACACACUGCAGGGUUGGUCCCAGUGUAUGGAGAAAAGGUUGACUGUUCCUUGACUUCAGCAACAUCUCAAGAGCACUAUGACCACUUUUAUCUCAUCCAUUACAUGGACAAGGAGAUACUGACCAACCAAUCACAUCCCUCCAUCACUGUGAAUUACACAUCAUGGGUACUCCAUAGCAGUAUUGUGGGCAUUUGAAAUUAGGAUAAACAGUGGGAUUAUAGUAGCAUGGAAACUGAAAUAAUGCUGCUUGAAGUCAUCUGAUGAGUGAGAGAAUAUGAAGAAAAUGGACCAGAAAAUAUCAAUGCAUGCAGAAGUGGAACAAAAAAAGUUCUAGUAGAGUUGGCCAUUGCAGACUAACUUGCCCAAGGUCCAAGAAUUGUUGGCAACCUGUUG